UAAGUUUUUUUCAUUUUAUUUUCUAAGGUAGUUUUGUGUUAGAAUAACUUAGUUUCGUUUCGCUUCAGGAUAUUAGUUUGAUCAAUAUUUCAGUGCACUAAAUUUGUAUAGAAAAAAACAAACGCAUUAAAUCGUUUUUUCUUUUAACAAAAUAAAUAGUGAUUAAUGUUUUGCGCAUAUUUAAAUAUUUAGCCUAUUUAAAUUUGCUGGACUAUGUCGUUACCAAACUGUGGCGGUAAUGAUGAAAAUGUUACCCCAAGCUCUAUUAUAAAAAACAACGAUGAGCAAAUAAAUCCCAUGACGGCAUCCACUACAACGGCUACUAUUGCGGAUGCUUUUGACAUAUUCGAUCACAGCGGUAAUCGAACUAUCGAUGUCCGAGAAUUGGGUACUGUGCUUCGGUAUCUCGGAUACGUGCCUUCACAAGCCGAUUUGAGGGAACUUGCAGUAAACGUUGAAGAUCACGAAGUUACAGGUACUGUUCAUCUUGCAGCAUUUUUACCAUAUGUUGAAAAUGCCAUAAGUGAAUAUAAAUACCAGCCGGCGUCAGCUACAGAGCUUUUAAAUGCCUUCCGUGCAUUAGACCCUGAAAAGACUGGUAUGAUUAGUCGCGAAUGUAUGGAAUCUGCUCUUCGACAUGACGGUGAACCUUUUGAAGACGAGGAAAUAGAAGAAAUGAUGUCUGUUGCAGCAAUUGAAACGGCAACCGGUGAAACUGUAAUACCUUAUGAAGUGUAUAUUAAUAAAAUAUUGGUGACAAAAUGGGAUUCUGAGCAGUAUAAACACACUUACAACAAUACUGUUACACCGAUAAAUAUGGCACAGAGAAAAAAUAACAUGUGAAAAUUUUAGUAAACAGAUUACAUAUCAACUUUAAUACACGAAAAUCAACUAUUGAUAAAAUUAAUUCGUUUUUUCAUAAUAUUAUACUGUCUUUACAUUAUUUAUUUAACAAACAUUUCUUGUAUUUUUUAUAAAUAGUGAAUAAACCCUUAAAUUUCGAAAAAAAUUAAUGUCAAUUUUUAACUUAAAUUAUUUGCAAUAUAUUCUAUUUUAUCUUAUGAUGUAUAUAAAACAGUGAACCACAAUGAUGAUUUUAAAAAAUAUAUAUUACACUAAACAUGAGA